GGUGCUGCUCAUGCAGGAGCAAAGGUUCCCCUCUCCAAGCACAAAGACAUUGUACAAGGAGGAAGAGUAUAGGAAAGGGCAGUUGCACAUGUGUAUCAGCAUUCAGAAGCUGCAAGCCUGACUUGCAGGCUUCGUCACUACCUCUUUCCCAGCUUCAAGUGGAACUAUGGGCACAUGGCAGGACAUUUUUGCAGAGAAGAUUGGAGAAAUGCAUGUAACAGAUCCGUGGACACUUUUGGAGGAUGAUGACCUGCAGGUGCAGGCCUGCAGGCCUGGCUGGAAGGAGUUUAUGCAGCGCCGUGCUCUUGGGAGGUAGGGGGCUGCUGAAAUCCCUGUUGGAGUGGGAUCGGGGUUGAUGGGUUCCCAUGCAGACCUUUUUGUUUUCCAAAAUUUGCUUGCAGGAAACAGGUUUUUGAGCAAAAGGGGGAGUUUGGAGGUGGAUGAGGCUGUGAAAGGUUUCUUCAUUUUAGUUCAAAUCUCUGUGGGUUAUUGCCAAACUGGAAAACACGAUAAUUGGAGGGGAGAAUAGUUCAGCAGCUCCAGGGCCAAAGGGCAGCUGUUAUUUGGCCAGAAUUUCUCCAUGUUGUUGUCAAGAUAAAAAGAGCUCCUUCAGCAAGUAGGGGGAGUUAUACCCCACUAGAACCAAAUCUUCUGGGUGAACCACUGUGUGCUGGGACAUGGGGGAUGCCUCAGCAGCCCCUGCACCUGCACCAGGCUGCAGGGCCUUGGGCAGAGAGAGGCUCUCCAUUAUUGAUGAGAGGCCCCAUCCCAAACAUUUCCACCCUGGGCUUUGUUCAGACACCUUGCCUGAGUGGCAGCAAUUGGAGACCCUGGUUGCCAGCCCCCAUGCAGAUUGUUCAAGAUGAAGAGCUGUGGGCUGCACACCUUUUGGCCCCUCAAGAUAUCUCUUCACCUGCCCUGUGCCCUCCACCCACACCUUCCUUCUAUUUUGCUUCUUUUUAUUGUCUUACCCAGUCUUGGGCUUGAUGCUGGCUUUCUGCUGAGCUGUGAUGAGCCGACACGGGUGAGGGGCUGGAAUCCCAAAUAGAGACCUGAUGCUUGCCACACCAAGGGCCCCUGCUUUUGGCAAUGGGGCCAGGAUCCCAGCAGACAAACUGGCUUCUGAAAUCUUUAAUGCUGGGGCCAGCCCUCAGCUCACAUCAGUGUUGAAUUUCCCAGACUGGCAUCAUGCUGUUAGGGGGAGGACAGUUUGGUGUAAGGCUGGCAUGAGUGAAGUUAGUCCAUAGUCUGUGUUAACCCUCGUCCCUACUGACUGUGCUGAAAGCCUCUGGCUCAGCGUGGGGUGCCUGGGAUGAGCUGGUCUCCUCUUUGCCCUGAUAGGUUUCAGUGCUCCCAGUGCUUUCAUGAGUGGUCUUCUGCCAAAGUGCACAUCCUGUUCCACAUGUGCCACUGCCAAGGCUGGGGCACGGUACAGAUGCGAAUCUUUCGCCAGAAAUGCAGGCGCUGCCCCAACCCCCGGCUGGAGGAUCCUGAUUUCAGCCUGGAGACUACGGAGGCAAUUCUGCACAACCUGGUGAUAAAGAUCCUCCAGUAUUUCUACAAGAAGCCUGUCCAGCCCUCUGACCUCUUGGAAGUGGUGGUCGAUACACCGGUGACGGGGCCACACGACUGUGCCCACUGUGAGGCCUGCCAGCUUGGCAUUUGCAACAGGCCACAGAGGGCCCUGGCACUGGAUGCCUGGAAGCCCUUGACAGAUGGGGAGAAGGCCAGGAUGCACAGCACUGAGUCACAGCUGGCCUGGACAUCGGAUGUCUGGAGGUCCUUGACAGAUGGGGACAAGGCCAGGAUGCACGGCACCGAGUCACAGCUGGCCUGGGCACCGGAUGCCUGGAGGUCCUUCACAGAUAUGAGGGAGGCCCGGACCCAUCGCACUGAGUCGUGGUCAUCGCUGGGAUCAGAUGACUGUAAGCCCCUGAUUGGUGUGGGCAAGGCCAGGACCCACUGCACUAAGUUGCAGCCAGCCCCAGCACGGGUUGCCCGGAAUGCAAAUGUGUCCAGGACCUCUCAGACCCUGAGACAUCAGGGCUUAAGGCCCCAUGCAGCCUCGACCCAGCACCCCUCACCCUCCAAUUGCAACUUCUCCUGGAAAUGGUGCUGCUGCAUCGGCCUCUCUUUGCUCUGUGUUUCGGCACUGAUCGUCUUCCUUGUGCUUUAUUUCACCGUGAUGUAGAGGGACCUGGGGAUCGCAUAGAGGAACUGGGGCAGUGGCUAGGGAAACUGAUGGACUGCCUGGAAAAUUGGGCUCCCAAGGUUAGCCCUUGCUCUUGGCUCAGCAAGCUCCCCAGCCCCUGGUGGCAUGGGAACACAUUGGGAUGCCUCAGCCAGGCACCUUGUCCUGCAGCCUCUGGAAGACUGAUGUGUCUGAUGGAUUCUUAUGAGACAUACUCUGUAUGAGGAUGAAUCUCCCAGCUACCCCAUACACAGGAUGAGGUUUAUUACUUGCAAGAAUAAAACACCCCCCUUCUCCUCAGCUCAAGGAUGCAUUUGUGCUUUUUAAUUUCUGAAAAACCUUUUCUGGGUGUGUGUGGGCAUUUCAGAGGGAAGCUGGAUAACACACUGAUGUUUUAGUUGUUGCAAUAGUGCUUACUCUAAGUCAAGGACUUUUCUGUUUCCCGUGCUCUGCCAGUGGAACAGGUGUACAAGGAGCUGGGGGGAGCAUGGCCAGGACAGCUGACCAGAACUGGCCCAAGGGUCCUCCCAUACCAUAGGUCAUCCUCCUCAGUGGAGAAACUGGAGGAGUUGUCCAGGAGGACUGAUUGCUCCAGGGAAUGGGCUGGACAUCGGUCAGAGGGUGGUGAACAACUGCAAUG